GUUUAGCGCUCAACAACUGUGUCGUUUUGUCUUGUGUCAUGAUGCUGCGCCUCGUGUUUCUUGCCCAGAGAGGCCAACCCGGAUUCGGGUCGGGCUUGCGAUAUCGACGAAAGAGGCGGUUGAGGAGGCCUCGAGUGUGAAGAAGAUGGGAAAGUCGGCAAGUUAAACACAGGUAUAAAGACAUCGAGUUGUGACCUUGAAUGAACGAGAAGAAUAUUCAGCAAGCAGAGCUUCCUCGACUCAUCAGCCCCUUUCAGUUCACCACCACCGGUCUUCUACUUCGCUCUAGCCCUGGCGGCAUUCUGCUUAUAAUCUUCAACUUUCAGCACUCUCAACCCUGAACACAAACCCAACUACCCACCUACCUAGCCACCAUGCAUCCCUACGAGAUCCUCCUCCUCACCCUCCUCGCCACGCCCACCACCGCCCAUGGCGUAGUCACCCUCGUCCGCGGCGCCAACGGCGUCGAAAUGCCGGGUCUAUCCAUCGCCGACGGCACCCCGCGCGACUGCUCCACCAACCGGUGCGGCUCCCAGGCCGACACGGCCAUCAUCCGGGACCGCGAGAUGCGCUCGGGCGAGGUCGGCCCGCUCGGCCGCACCCAGGGCAACGGCCCCAUCGACGCCGCCACCAUGGUCGCCGCCUUCAUGGGCAGCGGCGCCGCGCCCCAGCAGGUCAAUGCGGCGAAUGCUUCUGUCGGGGUGGAGGAUGAUCUUGGUGGGUUGGGCCGUGGCGGAAACAGGGGGGGUAGGAAUGAUAAGAGGGAUGGUGGGGCGUGGGUGGUGGCGAGGCAGUUUUUGAAGGGGUUGUUUGGCGGUGGUGGUGGUGGUGGUAACCGGGGGACGGAUAGUGCGGUGGCGACGGAGAGUAAUGUGGCUGCUAUGGCCGGGCAGGGGGCGACGUCGGGCAUGCCGACCUGUGCGGAUGAUGGGACGAUCGAGAUGGUCUUUCAUCAGAUCAACCAGGACGGGGCCGGUCCCCUCGACGCCGCCAUCGAUGGCACCUCCGGCGGCACCGACCCGGAUGCGUUCCAGCGCGCCCAGGUGACGCAGGACGUCCCGGGCCUCGGGUUCCAGGGGCUGAGCCUGGCGACUAGCAAGGACUUUCCUCUUACCGUCCAGAUGCCUCAGGGCAUGACUUGCGAUGCCACGGUUGCCGGCGUGGACAACGUCUGCGUCGUGCGCGUUCGCAACGGGGCGGCGGCUGGGCCGUUCGGUGGCAGUGCUGCCUUCACCAUGAGCGCGGGUGCUCGGAAGCGGGCCGUGGCUUACCGCCUCAAGAAGAGGGCUCAGACCUUCAACGCUUAAGCGGUCAGCUGGUAUACAAGAGUCGUUGGGAUUACGAGAAAUGAGGGACGUGGCACAUAGAAGGUGACGGUCGGUAUCAUGAGGCUUUAGAUAUGUUUGGCAGGCGUGUUGUACAAUAGAUUUCGCGGAUUCUGUUACAAUUUGAUUCGCAG